AUGCCCUCUCUCGCGAUCAUCCUCGGCGUGUUCGCCUCCUUCGGAGGCUUCUUAUUCGGCUAUGACACGGGCUACAUCUCUGGCUGCAAGGAGAUGGAGCACUUCCUGCAGUCGUACGGCACGCGGCAGCCGGACGGCAGCUACCUCCUGUCGUCGGCGACCGACUCGCUCAUCACCUCGAUUUUGUCCGCAGGCACGUUCAUCGGCUCGCUCUUUGCCUCGACCAUCGGCGACUGGAUCGGCCGCCGUAUGGGCGUUGUCAUCUACCUCGUCGUCUUCUGCGUCGGCGUUGCGCUCCAGACCGCCGCCAAGGGCCAGGUGGGCGUGUUCGCCGCUGGCCGCGUGCUUGCUGGCCUCGGGGUAGGCGGCACGUCGUGCCUUGUGCCCAUCUACCAGGCCGAGUGUGCGCCCAAGAAGAUCCGCGGCAUCAUCGUGUCCGCGUACCAGUUCUUCAUCACCUUUGGCCUUCUGAUCGCCGCGAUCGUCGUCAACGCGACCAAGAGCCACCCCGGCGCGAGCAGCUACCGCAUCCCGAUUGGCAUCCAGUUCGUCUGGGCCGCCGUGCUUGCCUUUGGCAUGUUUAUUCUUCCCGAGUCGCCCCGCUGGCUCAUCCUCAAGGGCCGCACGGCCGAGGCGAAGCGUUCUCUCUCGCGCCUCCUAGGUGCCGAGGAGGACGGACCCGACGUCACGGCGCAGCUGGACGAGAUUGAGGGCAACCUCGAGCACGAGCGCGAGAGUGGCGGUGGCACCUGGGCCGACUGCUUCAAGCAGAACGAGACCAAGAACCUCCAGCGUGUCGCGACCGGGUGCAUCUUCCAGGCGCUCACCCAGCUCUCGGGCAUCAACUUUAUCUUCUACUAUGGCACCACCUUCUUCCGCCACUCGGGCAUCUCCGACCCCUUCCUGAUCACCAUUGCAACCAACGUCGUCAACGUCGGCAUGACUAUCCCGGGCAUGCUGCUCACCGACAUUCUUGGUCGUCGCCCAAUGGUCAUGUACGGUGCAUUCGGCAUGGCCGUGUGCCAGCUCAUUGUGGCGGCAGUCGGCAUCACCGUCUCGGUCGACAACGCCGCUGGUCAAAAGGUCCUCGUCGCUUUCGUGUGUAUCUUCAUUGCGCACUUCGCCUCGUGCUACGGCCCACUCUCUUGGGUCGUUACGUCCGAAAUCUACCCGUACAACAUCCGCGCUAAGGGCAUGUCGCUGUCCACGGCUUCAAACUGGCUCUUUAACUUUGCCAUUGGCUACGCUACGCCGUACCUCGUUAACACUGGCCCUGGAAAUGCCGGUCUCCAGUCCAACGUCUUCUGGAUCUGGGGCGGCUGCUGUGUCCUCGGCGUGAUCUUCGCCUACUUCAUGAUCCCCGAGACCAAGCAACUCUCGCUCGAGCAGGUCGAUUUGCUCUACCGCAACUCGACGCCGCGCAAGUCGGUGGCAUACCGGAAGCAAAUUAUCAACGACAACAUUGUUGAGGGGACCACUGCUCGUCGUCUGUCGACCUACUCGAUCGGUGACAAGGGCGAGAAGAAGGCGCAAGACGUCAAGGUUGAGAGUGUGUAG